AUGUCCUCCGGCGGCCUCGUCUCCGCCCUCUCCGGCUGCAAAAAGUCGCUCACCUUCACCUGGAUCGGCUGGCCCGGCUUCUACAUCCCGGUCAAAGACCGGCCCAUCGUCGACAAGCGGCUCUCGGACGAGUACAGCUGCCAGGCCGUCUACCUCGACGACGACGUCGCCGACCGCCACUACAACGGCUUCUCCAACUCGAUCCUCUGGCCCUUGUUCCACUACCACCCGGGCGAGAUGAACUUCGACGAGGCCAACUGGCAGGCGUACCGCCAGGCCAACCUCGCCUUCGCCCACGCCGUCCGCACCGUGAUCCGGCCGGGAAGCAUGGUCUGGGUCCAGGACUACCACCUCAUGCUCCUCCCCAUGCUCCUCCGCGGCCUCGUCGAACCCAACCGCACGAAGCAGGGCGCGAGCAGCACGACGACGACGGAGCUCGAGCGCAUCACGGAGGGCAUCGAAGGCGACGUGCCCGUCCCCUCCGAAUCGGAAUCGCUCUCGGGCGUCAAGAUCGGCUUCUUCCUCCACACCCCCUUCCCCUCCUCCGAGAUCUACCGCAUUCUCCCCGUCCGGCGCGAGAUCUUGCUCGGCAUCCUCUACUCGGACCUCAUCGGCUUCCACACGUACGACUACGCCCGGCACUUCCUCUCCUCCUGCACCCGCAUCCUCGGCCUGCCCACCAUGCCGAACGGCGUCGAGUUCGAGGGCCGGCUCGCCCACGUCGGCACCUUCCCCAUCGGCAUCGACCCGCAAAGCUUCAUCUCCAACCUCGAAAAACCCGCGGUCAAAGACCGGCUCGCCGCGCUCGAGCGCCGCUUCGACGGCGUCAAAGUCAUCGUCGGCGUCGACCGGCUGGACUACAUCAAGGGCGUGCCCCAAAAGCUGCACGCGCUCGAGCUCUUCCUCUCCCAGCACCCGGAGUGGAUCGGCAAGAUCGUGCUCGUCCAGCUCGCCGUGCCCUCCCGGCAGGACGUGGAGGAGUACCAGAACCUGCGGAGCACGGUGAACGAGCUCGUGGGCCGGAUCAACGGCCGGUUCGGCACGGUCGAUUUUAUGCCGAUCCAUUUUAUGCACAAGAGCUUGCCGUUCGACGAGCUGUGCGCGUUGUAUGCGGUGUCGGACGUGUGUUUGGUGUCGUCGACGAGGGACGGGAUGAACCUCGUUUCGUACGAGUACAUCGCGUGCCAGCAGGAACGUCAGGGCGUGAUGAUCCUCUCCGAGUUUGCGGGCGCGGCCCAGAGCUUGAACGGCUCGCUCGUCGUCAACCCGUGGGACUCGCAGCAGGUCGCCGACGCCAUCUUCGAGGCGGUCACCAUGCCGGCCGAGCAGCGCGCGGAGAACCACCGGAAGCUGUUCAAGUAUGUCAACAAGUACUCGGCCGCGUAUUGGGGCACGUCCUUCGUGCGCGAGAUGGGCAAGCUCAACCCCGAAGAGGAGAUGAAACGCCUCCAAUCCGACGGCGCAUGA